AUGAGCAGUAUUGUGCGGCAGAGCAAGUUUCGUCACGUAUAUUGUAAACCGGUGAAACAUGAACAAUGUAUUUCGGAUGUACGGAUUACAGAAAUUACAUGGGAUUCGCUUUUCUGCGCUGUUAAUCCGAAAUUUAUUGCCAUCAUAACUAAAGGUUCUGGUGGACCGUUUCAAGUGAUUCCGGUGACAAAGUUAAUUUUGAUUAGUACACCAUAUUUUGUUGAAUAA